GUGAAUGGAUUAUUAAGCUGAUCUGUAGUUAUGUGAGUGAGUAAAUGUGUGUAUUUCUGUGUUUUUCUUGCUGUUCAAUCGUAGUUUAAAGUAAGCUGUGUAGUGUUUCCCCGGUUACCCAUAUGGGAGGUUUUGUGACCUAGCAGAACAGGUGUUUCUGUAAACCGACACUCAGACUCACCUGCAUUAGGAAGCACCACGGAGACUCCCAAUGUCACAAAUCCUUUAUGGUAUUAUACACUGUGCUUGUCUUAUACUCUGUUUAUAUUGUAUUUGUACAGUAAGGUAGCAGCCUAAUGUUUUUAUAUUUAGUGUCACUAGAGGUGAUUGGAUCCUAAUUCUGCCUUGAUCAAUGAUCAAAGAUGGUUUUGCUGUCUUUCUGACAAUGCCUGUUUGUGUAUGGUUGUGACCUCAGUUAUCCCCGAUAAGCCAUUGUUCAUCAGUAAUGCUAUCUUUCUCUCAGCAGGCUCUAUGUAAAUCAAAGUUAGUUUAUCUGAUCAUUUCACCUGAAUCUACUGUUGCAAUCUAACAGUCAAUCGAUGUCUCUCUUUGACUCUAUGAGACCAAUACGUGCUGCACAGAGACUGAUUGUGAUACAGUAUGUGAGUGAUACUAUGAUGCAUUGUUUUUUGCUGAGUGGAUUGCUGUUUGGUCAGUCUUUCCAGUUUUUGGUUCAGGUUUAGCUGACGCUGACAGGCAGUCAUCAGUAUGUUGCUUAUGUAAACAGACGUUAUGAUAUGUGUGUACAACAGUCCCACUGUUCUGUGAAUGGGCUCAUUGACACACUGUUAGGAGAACAGAGAGUAUUCUGCAGUGUGUUUGGCUCCCUAUCCUCCUCUUAUCAUUAUCAUAUCUUCUCCAUUCACUGUCCACUUUAUGCUUCUAUGUAACAUGUGGUGUUCACUGUCCUCAACCACUCUAUUUUUUUGUUUGACCAUUUCGAGGAGCCAGAGUGACCACAAUCCACAUAUCACAACAUUCCAGCCCGAUCCGUUCUGAGGAUGGAAAUUUAUGCUUUUUUAUGCUUGGCAGGCAAUGGGAGCUGUUCGCUGAACUUAAGCUUGGGAACUGAAGACUCUGAGUGGGACAGAUCGACAAGAAAUCAAAGAGAGGAGCCCAAAGGAGUCAUCUCUUCUAGACCAUAAAGGAGAAACUUUUUACGCGGGAUUUGUUUCUGUGCAAGAAACUAAUGAGAGGACUCUAAUUGUGCAACUGUUUCACACUCAAAACUGCAGCAUUCAAAGAAACUGCCUCCAGAUUGCAGCCUAAGAGACAGUUACUUGGAAUCGGUUAAAUAUCAAGUUCACUCUUCCGCUUUCUUUUUUGGAUUUGGCACUUUACAAGCAGUCAUUAACUUUGUUUACUCUCAGACAAUGGACUUGUCUUUGCUUCCUACUUCAACGAGUGAGUACAACAAGGAGAGGACAGGAGCACGCUUCACUGUCCGCUCAGCUAAUUCUCCCUCCUACACUUGGAGGCCAGGUGUGAGGAAAUACAGAGGUUUCUCAGAGGAGGAGAGGGAAGGUACAAAGGAAGUUGGAGAAAGGGAAAGAUACGGGACACGCACUGGCACAAAUGGUACAAAGGAGGAGAAUCACACAGUCACUGGUUAUCAAGCCAGGACUGGGAGUCGCAGCAGUGUCAGAGGUCAGUCUGAGGAGACGGACAUAAGCCAUAAAAUGUCUACUAAACUGAACCAGAAUGGCUCAGCAGACAAAACAAUCACAGAGUUUGGCACUGACAGAAGUGGAAACUGUAACCCUGCAUCUGAAAGCCGUGGCAGGACAGAUUCGAGGCGAUACAUCGUGCCAAAUAGUAGAACUAAAAGUUUAGAUCGGAGAGCACGGGAAAGAAGUCCUGAUUGGGGCAAAAGACCUGAUAUGUUCAUGUUUUCAACCAAACGAGGAGAGGACAUCAGAAGAGAGGCUGGAAACUUAGAUGAAAGAAGGACAGGAGUUGAAGGUGCGAGGGGCAGGGUGUCGUUUUUAAUACAGGCUGCAGGUACAAGUGAUGAUAUUAAAGAGAGGAGCACAGCGAUUCAUAUGAGUCAGGAUUUGGACAGGACCAGUAGGGAUCGUUCUCUUCCCUCCAGGUUUAGGUCCUAUUCUAGACAAGUCUCUGAUGACAGAGGGACAUCUACUUCGAUUGGGUCCAAAGGAGGUCAGAGUAUACUGGAGCGGAUAGAGAAACUCUACGGGUCAGCUGGUUUUGGUCAAACGGAGGACUCCACCCCAGACUUCCUCAAGCAGAGAUCAUAUGCGAGGGCAGCUGGGGGUACCUUCCCCAGGCGUUUCUCAUCUGAAGAGAAAAGCAGCCUUAGUCCAGUCCAAAGCAGUAAAUCAUUCACCUGGACUCCAAAAGACACUUCCAGUUCUGAGAUCUCUCUUUCUCCAGGGACAAGCAGGGUCAAGGAUAGAUUAUCAAUGGGACUGUGGCAAGGACAGACCCAGGGCAAGUACUCAGAGGAAGGGGGUGUUCACCAGAGUACAGGGUUUGGGGAAAUUGGCACGAGGUCUCUGGAUAGAGCGAGAAGCAGGUGCACUCGAGCAGCUCAGAUAAGAUCUAGAAGAGCUGCAGAAGGAACUUCACAGCCAAAAACUUUCUUAGAAAAAGAGGGGUCGCUUUCUUUGACAGAAUCGUCUAGACUGAGUCAGAGAAUAGAGACAGAUUAUGGAGCAAAAGUAAAAACUGCAUUAAAGAGUAGCAGCACUGAUGAAGAUGUGUUUGAGUUAAACCCACAGAAAAUCACAGUUAAAACAACCGAGAGGAAGAAAUUCCCAGAGAUGUUGUCAGUCCCCACUGCAGCCAGUGUGAAAAAUAAGAUCAAUCAGUUUGAGGCUCUGACACAGAGAUCCCAGGCUUUGAUUUUGCCCAGACGGGCCUUUUCUGUGCCAACACAACUCAGCAGGGAUCACGAAGGAGUGAAGAAAAGUGGGUCUGCAAAAGCAAUAGGUGGUUGGAGAGACAGGUGGGAGAGUGGAAGGGAGGCAGGUGAGAAAACUGAGGAGAAAGCGACAGGAGUGGAAAAGAAGCUGGGCUCACAGAGGUCUUUAUCAGUGGAUGAGGUUGGACUAAGGUUAGGAAGGAAAGAGAGAGAAGGGAAUGAUUUGGUUGAGAAUGAAAGAAAAGAAACAGACAGCAGUAAUAAGCCUGCUGAAGAUUCCGAUAAAUAUUCCAGACUCAAGAGUACACUGGAAAUCCCGCUAAAUGGAGGAGCUCGAAACUUUUACAUAGACGAGACAGAUUUCUCCAAAAUCUCGAGCCCAGAGGAGACAAGCAAGCGACCACCAUCCUCACUACUGUCCAGCUCUGGUGACACUUCCACCAAUGUGGAGAAAACUUCUGGGGUUACUUCACCAGUUAGCGAUGAAGACUAUACUCCAACAAACACUCCAAGCCUCUCACCCCUUGUUCUUUCACCUACUGCACAACCAGAAAACACCACUCCCAUUGCAGAAAGCACUCCUGCCCGCACACAAGCAGCCAAAACUCCAAAACAAGACUCCCCACCUCUCCUUCGUCCGCUCGCCACUACGUCUCACAGCGACAUCCCUGACCUCAUCUCUCCAGAUGUCAAAGCAGUCUAUCCAAAUAAGAAGAAACCAGUGUUGGACCUGGAAGCAUGGGUAGCUGGCUUAAACACAAAGAUUAAGGUCUGGAAUGAUGAUGAAGAUGAUUACGAAGAUGAUGAUGAAAGCACACAGAAGGAUGAAGAUUCAAACUAUGAUUCAGACUCCGGAGAGUCCUCUGUGACUAUUACAAGUAACAUGAGCCAGUCAGAUCGCAGAAGCUUCAGUGUCAGUCUUUCAGAUCUUUGUAACUUUGCUGGAGUUGACUAUGAGUCGGAGAAUGACAGUGACGAGUGGCAGCCUACAGGCCGGCGGUCAGCCUCGCUGAGCUCUGAAAUGUCGGCCCUGUCCUGUGUGUCUGUGAUGCCCAGUGAGGAGCUCGACAGGCUGCUAGAGGAUGUCAGAAGCCUUGGGGACAACAACCUGAAGGAUUAUGACGAUGUGCAGGUGGUGGUUCUCCAUAAGGAAAUGGGAGUGGGACUGGGGUUCAGUGUGGCAGGGGGAGUCGACCAGAACAAGCCAGUCACUGUUCACAAGGUGUUUCACUCAGGUGUUGCAGCCCAGGAAGGCUCCAUAAGGGAAGGGGACCAGGUCUUGUCAAUCAAUGGCACGUCACUGUGUGGCUUUGUCCACUGGGAGGCUCUGAGGGUCCUUAGAAGAGCGAAGGCUCGGGAGUUGGGUGUGGUGGUCUUGAGGAGGGGAGGGAUUAGCAGUACCUGUAAGGGGGGAGCACAGGCAAACAAUGCUGGACCAACACAGACUCAGCAAACAGGUCAGCGUCUGUCUGUGUGUCUGGAGAAGAACAACAGAGAUCUGGGGUUCAGCCUGGAGGGAGGUUUGGGAUCCAGUCUGGAGAACCGACCAAUCACUGUACAGAAGAUCUUCCAGGGUGGGCCUGUUGACAAGGUGUGUCCUGGUGAUGAGGUCCUGGAGAUUGAGGGUGUGAGCACAGUGGGGAUGAGACGUCUGGAGGCCUGGACUUUGAUCAGAAAAUUGCCACCUGGUCCUGUGGAAGUGGUGCUACGUCGCCCUCUUAAACAUCCAGAAACAUAAGGAUUACUGAGGUGUUUUUGGUGACUGAUGAUUGACACAAAACUAAAAGCCAUCCAUGAGACACAGCAUUGCCUACAGUGGCUACGAACUAUGAAUUAAAUGAGCUAUUUGGGCCUAAUAUCAGUCUUUAUAUUCAUUACAGCCCACCACAGUUCUAAGCCCUAUAGGAAAUAUUAUGUUGGAAACCAGUUCAAAAGUGUUUCUCCUUUUUCACUUUAACUACGGGAUUACAUCUACCUCAAGGUCUGGGAUAUUUCUUUACCAGCCAAAAUUAAAGUGCACUGAUGGCUCAUACAUUUAUCAAGUCAACCAACUUUUGGAACAGAUAGUUUAGUCAGUUAAAAGCUAGUGAUGUGGCACCUGUAUAUGAAAACACAUGUUGUAAUAUAUUGUAAAUAAAAGCUAACUGCAUUCAGAUUUUAUAUUGCUUUUUAAUAAAUCCUUAUUAAUUUAAA